AUGUGCUACGCCCUCCUAACACACUGCUCGCUCUGCGCCUGGACGAAACGGAUCACGUACCCGCGCUGCGCACAUGCCGAACUGCAUGAUUUGAAUCCGCAGACGUGUCCGAGGAGGAUGAGGAGGAGGCAUGAGAGGGGUGGGGAGUGUGAGUGGUGUAUGACGGGAGGAGAUCUCGUGAUGAAGAACGUGUUGGCUGCGGAAGGUUGUGAGAGGGUUGGGGUGGAGGAGUGGGAUGAGGCGAGUGAAGAUGAGACUGAGAUUGGGAAGGUGGAUGUUGGGGAGUUGCUCAGGGCGGAUGGGGUGCAGAUUGACGGUACUGAUGAAGUUGAAGACAUGUUCCCUGGGUCGAUAGCAGGACUGGGAAAUGUGGUGGUGAGAAAGCGAGAGGACGAAGGAGGAGCAGCAACAAUCCCCGCUGCACGAUAUGCGAUCCGCAAACCGGGAAUGAAGAGAAGAAGGGGAGUCGGCUGCACCAUUACAAACUCCAAGCGCAAGAAGAGAUCCGACGACAGUUCGAUUCCCCGAGUUAACCGCAUGAUUGACGAGAAGAACCGGAGACUCAGUUUACUCCCUGGUUACAUGAUGGAUGGACCGAAACAGAGCGGGAUCUGGUCACCAAUCCGGCAGGAUAGACGGAGCAGUUGGUGCUGCGCAGUGCAAGGCCUGUCUGCUUUGCGGAGGCCCUCGCAAUGUAGCCCUUUGGGUUCGCUAGAUGUAAAGUUAGACCCAGUGAGAAGAGCGUCUGCAGUUGUCACCAUGUAA